AUGGGUGACUUCGGGGAUCCCGCACCCCCGCUGAAGCGGAGAAAAGUCGCAGGAACCGUUGGCAAUGGUGCGGGAGACCGAAAAAAGGAGGUUCCAAUGGGUGGACAUACCGCAGAUGAUGUGACCAGAACUACGAGGGGGAAGAAAUGCGGGAAGUCAGAGGUUGGGGGCGUGAGUGGGAAUUUGAACGGGACGUUAAAUGGACAUGUAGAUGUGGAGGACGGGGAGGAGGAUGGAGGCAAAGAGUUGAAAGAGAAUAAUGCAAGCGUUCCGGAAGCUUCGUUGAAAUCGUCUGGGCGGAGCUUGAGGCCUAGGGCUCGACUGAGAAGACCUGCAGAACAGUAUGAAGUGAUUGAACCUGUGAAGACGUCGAAGCGGCCUCUACGGACGGGGAAGGGUGAGAAACAAGCAAAUGGGCGGGGACAAAGAGGAGAUGAAAGUGCGGUGAGCUCUUCGAAACUGAAGCGGCAUGGGAGAAUGGCUAAUGGGACUGAUGUUCGAACGGGGAUGAGUCCCAAUGCCGAGGUGCAUGUGGGGAAAUCAACGGGGAAAAGAAACGGUACGCCCUCGGUAAACAAUCGAGAAGCGAAUGAUGGGGAUGUGUGGGAAGUCCCCAGUGAUGAUGGGGAGGUAGUAGCAGAGGAAUUGCGAAAUGGAGUUACAAAUGGGUUGGGGUUAAAUUCAUCUGUCCAACAAAAUGGGGUGGAAGAUAUGGACGAGGAUGACCAGGAUAUGUCUGCCCUACAAUUACAACAGGGGCUUGUGGACAAUGACACUCACACGCUCGAGCCUGAGGAAUUACCGCCAUAUGCUUACGAGUUCAAGACAUUGUGUGAAGAAAACCAACUUGAGAGCCACGCCGGGUCUCUCACAACAUUUAUUCUCAAAAAGCUUACGGGCAAACAGCCCAUCCCACUCCAGUGCCUUGAAUCCCAAUAUCAAACGGUUCAUCAACUCGUCGAGCAGACCGUUGUCACGGGAGAAGGCAACUCGCUACUUCUCCUUGGUUCGCGGGGCUGCGGAAAAACCGCUGUUGUGGAAGCCGUCAUUUCAUCUUUGGCAAAAGACCACAGAGAUGACUUCCAUGUCGUGCGUUUGAACGGAUUUAUUCAUACCGAUGACCGGGUUGCAUUGAGGGAGAUUUGGCGACAGCUGGGGCGCGAAAUGAACACGGAAGAUGAGACAAGCAAAACAAUCAGCUAUGCUGAUACUAUGACUUCAUUGCUAGCUCUCCUCUCGCAUCCGGAAGAGCUUUUCGGAGUCUCUGGGGAUCCCGAUGCCAUCGCGACGGCAAAAUCUGUCAUCAUUGUUUUGGACGAGUUCGACUUGUUUGCCUACCAUCCGCGCCAGACUUUGUUGUAUAAUCUUUUUGAUAUUGCUCAGGCGAGAAAAGCUCCCGUGGCGGUCUUGGGAUUGACAACCAAAGUCGACGUCACCGAAAAUUUGGAAAAGAGAGUGAAAAGUAGAUUUAGCCAUCGAUAUGUAUUUCUUCCCCGGCCGAGGACUUUUAAUGAAUUCUCGGAUAUAUGCAAGGCAGGCAUUACCUUAAAUGAAGAGGAGCUUCCCGAUACUGGUCUGGAUGAUUUGAAAUCUGGCCAAGGUCAACUGCUACUUGAGGGAUGGAAUGAAUAUAUCCAGCAUCUCUGGGCUGAUUCCGCCUUUCAAACUCAUCUCCAAACAAUCUACCACCAAACGAAGUCCCCCAAGGAUUUUUUUGCCAGCGCCCUCCUUCCAGUCUCUACUCUCUACCAUAGCCUCCAACAAACCUCCAACAAGCCACGGAAUCUCGUAACCCCGACCCCCAAAUCAUUCUCUUCCCACCCCCUUUCCUGCCCGGACCCACCUUCUCUCCCCUUUCCCCCCUCCACCUCUUCGACAAGCAAUACUUCCCUCCCCCUCUCCCUCCUUCUAGUUGCCACCCGUUUAACAGCCCUGCACGAACCUGGUCUCAAUGCGACUCAAGCCCAAGCCGCAACCACCUUCACGCUGUCAUUUCCUGCUGUUUAUGCGGAGUAUGUCCGACUGCUGACCUCGGCCAAGAUAUCCGCGUCCGCGUCCGGCGCAGCAGCCACCCCCGGGCGUGUAUGGGGCAAGGAUGUGGCUAGAGAGGCGUGGGAGCGCUUGGUGGGCUGGGGGCUUGUGGUUCCUGUUGGUGGAGGGAGUGGGAUGGGCGAUGGGAGGAUGUUUAGGAUCGAGAUUAGCUUUGAAGAAGUGCUUGAUGGUGUUGGGGAUAGUGGUGUUGGGGCACUGGGGAGGUGGUGGAGAGAGGCGUAG